CGCUUAUCAUGUUAUGAUGAUUAUUGGGUGAACAACAGACCUCCUCCUGAAUGAAAAAGAAAAGGAAAAGGAAAGUGCUCGAGCUGGAUUGUUCGGCGUGGCUGUGAUCUGUGAUGGGAAGCCUCCCGCAGGAGCGGCUCACGCGUGCGUGUCUGGAGACGCUCUCCAUCAGGGAGUCCGAGUGGAGGAAGAAAGCGCUGUGGAGAAACAGUGGGGGGGUCGUGCCCAGAAGCAGGAUGGGAAGGCGGCAGUCACAAAGGAAACCUGCGCAGGCGCACUCGGUGCUCCAGAUUCAGGAAAACAUCCAGGAGAAGAGACCACAAAGAAGAAAACACAAGCCGAGCAGCCCUGUGACCAGACGCAACAUCCUCCAGAGCAGUCCUCAGGGAACCUCCGCGUCCAGUCCGGCCCCACCUGCAGGAGAACAGUUGAGAACGCAGGCAGCCGCUCAGCGUUGUGGCCACAGAGAACGCAAACACGCCGCCGUCGUGUCCUGCCCCGUCCCCCCCGGUCUGCAGGCGGGGAGUCAGGAGGACAGCGACACGGACUUGUCUGAGACAGAGAGGGGUUCUGAGUCCUGCUCCGGCCGGGAUCCCCCGCUGCUGGAGCUGCGGCCAGAGGUCGUGGAGGACGAGGACGAGGCCGAGGACGGCUCCUGUCACAGGGUCAGAGGGAGGGCACGGGGUUCGUCUGACUUCCCAGACUUCCUUCCACCACCCUUUAAUUCGUGGAGCCUCAGUCAGCUGGCGCUCUUCUACAACAUGGAGGGCAGAGCGGCCCCUCGGACCCGGCCCGUGGGCCCCUUGGAGAGGUACCUGGAGAGGCUGCUGCAGCUGGAGUGGGGUCAGAUCCAGACCAUCAAGGACGAGAGUGGAAAGUGGGCGGUGCCAGAGGUCGUGUCCGGCUGUCACAGGUCGGCCGCCGGCGUCUCGUCACGCCUCAGUUCGCCCAAGUGCAUCCUCCAGUGUCAGCGCGCCUUCCCCCUCAGCUUCCUCUCCUCCCUGGCCAGCCACUCCACCCUGCUCUCCGGCUGUGCCUGCACCCCCUUCAGGACCCCCCACCCCGCUCCCAGCCACGGCCACCCGGCCCGACUGAGUCCCAUGCUGGAGCACAGCAGGAGACCCCCGUCGCUGCCCAGGAGGAGCUACAGCGAGAGCCGGGUGUCGUCCUCAGACAAGUGCUGCCGAGCCCCGAGGCUCAGCAGCCCCGCCAGGACCAGCAGCUACCUGAGGAGGAUGCAGGCUUCCGGAAACAUCCGCCACCCCGUCAUCGGGGAUGCUCCGACCAGGCCACAUCCCGUAACUAGGGACCCCGUAACUAGGGACCCCGUAACCAGGGACCCCGUAACUAGGGACCCCGUAACCAGGGACCCCGUAACCAGGGACGCGGGACCAGCCAGGAGCGAGGAGGUGCAGGACGGCAGGGAGGCAGCGCCGGGGAAGAGGAGUGGCUCGGAGCAGAGGAGAGGUGGAGCAGAGAGACAACGAAACAGGUCGGAGAAAAGGCGGAGCGGCUCCGAGUACCGGAGAGGACAAGGGGAGCGGUGCAGAGAAGCCGAUUUUAAGGAGCGGGAGGUGAAACCAGACGCUGUCACUGCCAUUCUGGACAAUUUACCUGCGUCCAAACGCUCUCCCAUCCAGAGGCGGAGAGGGCGGAAACAGGUGGAAUUCAUUACCUAACAGCACGUUCAGUGCUAAAUAUUGUAAAGAGAACAGCGACUGUUGUAGUUUUUAAAGUUAGAUUACGAAUGUUCAUUUUCAAUCAUGUUGACAAGCAACGAUCAUGUUUUCACAUUUGGGGUUCAUUUGCCUGUUUUUGCUGUUCGCUCUUCAUAGCUGCAUGACAACAACUGAAAAACAAAACAAAACAAACAAUAUGGAAGUGUUGGACAACAAUCGUUCAGCCGCUGGCGUAGAUAUCGGCGGCCCGGACGCCGCCAGGGGCUCAAGGAGGAGGGAGGAAAAAGUUUUUGUGAAUGGAAUGGAACCCGUCAGUUGUGUUAAGUGCUAAAUGACUGUGUUUACAUGCAGUCAAUAACCCUUUUAAAACCCGAAUAUUGGGUCAUGUAAACGCCACUCCAGGAAGUUCUUAUAAACACAGAGAAACGCCAGACCACGCCACACUUUUGGAGUGAGGAGGAGAGUAAUCAUUUCAUAAAUGUAACGAAGGAUAUGAACAUUUCUGCAUUUGUAGACGGUAGAAAGUACCGGGAUAGCGAGAUUUACAUGAAGGUGAGCGAAAAGUUGUGCGAAGCAGCAUUUGUUUUGAAUUUGGAUACAAGAAGAAGAAGCAGAAAUGACGCUAAUUGCGCCAUCACGUUCUCCGCUCGUCGCUGGUUUGAUCCAGAUAUCCUGAAUGAUUAAUUACCAUGUAAACAGGGAUAACCCUGUUUGCUCACGCAUGUAAACGCAAUAUUCCCAAUGUUUCAGUAACCAGAAUAUUAGUAAUAAACCCGAAUUUUGACUGCAUGUAAACGUAGUCAAUGACACGAUGACGUGAGUCUUCAGCAAGAAAAAAAGUGAACAAAAGAAAUCAGACGUGUUUAGAGUAAGGCACCCCGUCUAUAGUUGAAAUAAAAGGCCAGGACGGACUCUGACCCGUAGUGUAACACCAUUACAUGAACCUGUGGGUGCUGCGGGUCCGCAAGACAGAGGAACUGAGUAGACGUUCAGUUUAGUGAUCAAAAAUCAUAUUACCGGUAUAUUAGGAUAACAAUAUAAUUAUAACUAUUUAGGAUAACAGUAGAACAGAAGAGAGGGAGUGAGAACUACACCUCUAAAUAGGUAGAUCUCCAAAAUUGCUCACAAUAAAUGUAAACUUUAACAUCAUCGCAAUAUAAUUGUUUAAUAUAACAUCGCAAAAGCAAAAAAAAUAAAAAUAUUUGCAAAAAAUAAUAGUUCAAUAACAUUUUUUUUUUUUUUUUUACCAGAUUUUCUCCUUUUUUGGGAAUGUUUACUUAAAAUUAUCGAAUGUUUCAUAAUGUGUUUUAAAGAAGCCUAAAGAUUUUCUACUAAAAUGGUUGAGGCAUUAUAAACCCCCAUGCAGCCAAAUUGGUUCAUUGUAAAUAUGGUGGUUUUUGUCAGGUGCAAUUUUAUUUUAAUAAAUAUAAAACACACUGCCAUAAUCCAAAUAACACAAUUGACUGUUUUCUUGGUCACCGGGGGCUAAUCGCUGCUUGAGGUCUUUGCUAUUAAGAAAGCAGAAAGACAGUUACACCACAUUAUUAUUAUUUCUAUAUCACAGCUCACAUCGUCACUGCAGUAUUCCUGAUAUUGUGAGGUUCUACUUUCAGCCACUGCUGUCUCCAUCUGGUUCAGACAACCGUCCUCCAUGAGUCGCAAACACAUAAACCGCACAAACCCCAGCUAAGUUAGCCAGAUGCUAGCUGGUGUUUGUGUUCCUGCUUAAAUCAGCUCGCGCUUCAGUGAAUGUUUACAGCGAUUGAUUGUCUGUGAACACGUGUGUCUGCACACCAGGGUCAAACGGUGCUGAUCAUUUGGAAAAAGAUUUUAAAUAACUAAUAUAAAUGUGUGCUAAAGACUUUCCUGUGAUGUGAAGGAAGUAGCCAACACUGCCUGAUUUAAAAAAUACAUAAAUAAAUGUGCACACAUCAUCAAAAAGGUGUGUAAUUUUUUUCAGAUGAACUUCUUAAUCAUUUUUUAAAAAAUUAAACAAGUAUUUGAGUUUAACUCUUGAUUUAACUCUUUUUAUGGAGACUGUGUCAAACAGAUAUUUGCAAUGAUAGUAGGCUAGUUAGGAUUCAACGCUAUUCAGGUUUAA